GUCACCUCGAGCUUACCCUAAAACUCUUCCAGAUGGGGAUAAAGGAAGUUUUACAUUUUGCUCGAUUGCCCUCCAUCAUCCUGCUGGGGUUGGUGUAUGUGUUCUACGUGCUUAUCGGCGGGGUGGUGUUUUGGAAGCUGGAGGGAGAUCUUGAACAGAAGGACAUCAGUGUUUUGUUGAUGCGCAAACAAAAGUUGUUGUCAACGUAUGCAUGUCUGGACCAAGACAGCCUUGAGAAAGUGGCCCAGGUGCUUAACGGCGCAUCCAAAGUGGGUUUGAGUUUAAAAGGCAACAGCACCGCGGACGGAUUCUGGAAAUUCACCAGCUCAGCUGUGUUCGCUGCCACCGUGGUCACCACCAUAGGUUAUGGAAACAUGAGUCCAAGCUCCACAGCUGGUCAGAUCUUCUGUGUGUUCUUUGCCCUUUUUGGCAUCCCGCUCAAUAUGGUGGUGCUCAACAGGGUGGGCAAAUACAUGCUAGUUACGGAGAGGAACAUCUCCAACUUCCUGGAGGGGAAAACUGGCAGACGGACGUGUACAAGCUUCUUGGUCCACCUGGUGUCUUACCUGUGUGGAGCGCUCUUCUUCUUAAUCGUCCCCAUGAUCGUGUUCCAGUUCCGCGAAGAUUGGACCUACUCACAGGCCAUCUACUACUGCUUCAUCACCCUCAGCACCAUCGGCUUUGGAGACUUUGUGGCCGACAAAAACCCGGACAAGGUGUACCCCGAGUGGUAUAGCAUCUUCAUGGCCUCCUGGAUCUUCUUCGGCCUGGCCUGGCUGGCGCUCAUCAUCAACCACUCCAUUGACAUGCUGGAGGGGCUCAACAUGCACCUCAAGCGGUGGUGGGGGGCCAGCAAGCAGGAGGAGGAAGAUUGUGUGGGGGCCGACAACCCUGACACACAGUUGGAGGAGGAAAAAGAGGUCAACCGGCCGCCUCUAAAGCAGUAAAAUGCGGCCAAAGUCAAUUUGAGAUAUUUUUAAAGUUUAGAAAACUAUAUUAGUUGAACAUAACCACCUGCUGUUGCUAUUUAUUAUAAACACAGUAAAUAUACUGUACAUCAGUGUUUUUCAACCUUUUUUGAGCCAAGGCACAUUUUUUGCGUUGGAAAAAUGCGGAGGCACACCACCAGCAGAAAUCAAUAAAAAACGAAACUCAGUUGACGGUAAAAAGUCAAGUUGCUGACAUGGCUGCUCUACCAACCGAGCUAAACCGCCCCAUUUCAUGUCUUCCUUUGAGGGAUAUUUCCCGCAUCUACUUUGUAUUAGCAAUCAAGAAUAUUUCAGUUGUUUUUACCCUGUGAUGAAGUGGCGACUUGUCCUGGGUGUACCCCGCCUUCCGCCCGAUUGUAGCUGAGAUAGGCUCCAGCGCCCCCCGUGACCCAGAAGGGAAUAAGCAUUAGAAAAUGGAUGGAUUAUCCUUCUUUGUGGGGACAUUGUUGAUUGUCAUGUACGGAUGUACUUUGUGGACGCCGUCUUUGCUCCUCAGUAAGUCUUUGCUGUCGUCCAGCAUUCUGGUUUUGUUUACUUUAUAGUUCAGUUUUAGUUUUGUUCUGCAUAGCCUUCCCUAAACUUCGAUGCGUUUUCUUAGGGGUACUCACCUUUUGUUUAUUUUUUGGUUUAAGCAGUAGACACCUUUUUACCAGCACCCUGCCUCCCGCUGUUUCCGACAUCUACAAAGCAAUUAGCUACCUGCUGCCACCUACUGAUAUGUAAGAGUUACAUAUCAGUAGGUGGUUACUCAGCCGAGCUAUAGACAGCACCGACACUCAACAACAACACAUCAUUUGCAGACUAUAAUUACUGGUUUGCAAAAAAUAUUUUAACCCAAAUAGGUUCAAUUAGAUCAUCUCUCACGGCACACCAGACGGUGUGCAGCGGCACAGUGGUUGAAAAACACUGCUGUGCAUUAUAUUUCUUAUUUAUUCACUUCCUGAUUUGUGUGGAUGUAUCAAUCAAACAAAUGUAGCAUUUUUCAUGCAUAGGCAAGGGAUUGACACCAACAAAACACACACACACACACACACACACACAUUCUUGUAUUUGUUAUUUUCUUGAAACCUCUGAAAAAUGCCUACCUCUUUAGGACCACCCUAAUUUUGAUAGAUUUCUCCACCAGGGGUGAAAAAUGAGAUCUCUAUUUUGUGUUUGUUUUGUAAUGUGCUUAAGGUCGGUGACAAACGAGUCACAAACCACAUAUGGCCCCUGUGCCGCACUUUGGCCAACCCAGCUGUAAAAGUUAACUGUUAAUGGCCACCAUAGUCUUAGUAUCGUGGUGUAUUUGUUCAUCCUACGGUCACAUAUGGGACGCGGGUUGUUUUACGUCAGCACCGGAAGUCGUAAAAUCACUUUAGCAUAUUUUUGGGGGGGUGAAUAGGGAAGUCCUUCUUUAGCUUGUUUUAUCAUAUAUUGCUGCCUUUGCACCUAUCA